GCGAUAGGGUGGUGAUAUGGACCGCUGUGCUUAUUGUUUUAGAGUUCUUUGUGGAGCUUUUCUAGGACAGAAAUGACAGCCAAGGGAUAGUCUUGGAUUAGAGAGAGUCAGCGAUCAAGGAGCAAAAGAGAGGGCCAGUGUUCCAGCAAGACUCUGUUUUUCACAAGUACACAUUUAAACUACAAAUAGUGCGAAGUUGUACGAAGUAGUACGAACUUGUGAUUUAUAAAGCAGAACCAUCUGUUUCUGAGUAGGGCCCUAGGCCUGACACAUUCUGGCAGCCAUGGUACUGAUCCUGGGUAGGCGUAUGAACCGGGAGGACUCAGCAGUGCGCGAGUCGCCGGCGGUCAAGCGUAAGGUCCUGGAGAUGGACACCAAGGCGUUGAACAGCCAUGAUGUCUUCGACUUCUCCUCGGGUCCGUGCCAUGCGGAGAGUGUCCUGCAGAUGUUCAAUGAGUUCCGCGAUGCACGCCUCUUCACGGACGUGGUGAUCAGCGUGGAGGGCCGCGAGUUCCCGUGCCACCGCGCUGUGCUGUCCGCCUGCAGUAGCUACUUCCGCGCCAUGUUCUGCAAUGACCACCGCGAGAGCCAUGAGAUGCUCGUGGAGAUCAACGGUAUCCGCGCCGAGGCCAUGGACGCCUUCCUGCACUAUGUCUACACGGGCCGCGUGCGCAUCACCACCGACAACGUGCAGUACCUGUUCGAGACGUCCAGCCUGUUCCAGAUCACCACGCUGCGUGACGCUUGUGCCAAGUUCCUGGAGGACCAGCUGGACCCAUGCAACUGCCUGGGCAUCCACCGGUUUGCCGAUGCCCAUUCGCUCAAGCAGCUGGCCAGCCGGUGCCGGGCGUACGCCCUGCAGAGCUUCGGCGAUGUGGCCCUGCACGAGGAGUUCCUGGACCUGCGUGUCGAUGAGCUGGAGGAGUACAUCGCCAGCGACGACCUGGCCGUUGGUAAGGAGGAGACGGUGUUCGAGGCAGUCAUGCGCUGGGUGUACCACGAUGUGGAGCACCGGCGCCCCAUGCUCCGCCAGCUACUACUCCACGUGCGCCUGCCGCUGCUGCACCCCAACUACUUUGUGCAGACGGUGGAGGGUGACCAAAUUAUCCAGAAUGCACCCGAAUGCUACCAGCUGCUACACGAGGCGCGCCGCUACCACGUGCUCGGCAACGAGAUGAUGUCUCCCAGAACCCGGCCACGCAGGUCCACGGGCUUCUCGGAGGUCAUCGUGGUGGUUGGAGGCUGUGAAAGAGUGGGGGGCUUCAACCUGCCCUACACAGAGUGCUAUGACCCUGUGACUGGAGAGUGGAAAUCAUUGGCCAAACUGCCCGAGUUCACCAAGUCCGAGUACGCUGUGUGCGCCCUGCGGAAUGACAUUCUUGUGUCAGGGGGUCGCAUCAACAGCAGGGACGUGUGGAUGUACAACUCUCAGCUCAACAUCUGGAUCCGCGUGGCCUCCCUCAACAAGGGCCGCUGGAGGCACAAAAUGGCUGUGCUGCUUGGCAAGGUGUACGCUGUGGGUGGCUUUGAUGGCCAGUCUCGCCUAAGCAGCGUGGAGUGCUACGACUCCUUCUCCAACCGCUGGACAGAGGUGGCACCCAUGAAGGAGGCAGUAAGCUCACCCGCAGUGGCUGGCUGUGUCAACAAACUCUUCGUCAUCGGCGGAGGCCCUGACGACAACACCUGCUCCGAUAAGGUCCAGUGCUAUGACCCAGAGUCAGACUCCUGGUUGCUAAGGGCCAACAUCCCCAUUGCGAAACGCUGCAUUACAGCUGUCUCCUUUAAUAAUCUCAUCUAUGUGUCUGGGGGCCUCACCAAAUCCAUCUACUGCUACGACCCUGCAGAGGAUUACUGGAUACACGUGGUCCACACCUUCAGUAAACAGGAGAGCUGUGGUAUGUCCGUGUGUAAUGGGAAGAUCUUUAUCCUGGGAGGGCGUGGCGAGAACGGGGAGGCAUCGGACAACAUUCUGUGUUAUGAUCCAGCCACCGGCAUCAUCACGGGCGUCGCCGCUAUGCCCCGCCCCAUCUCCUACCACGGCUGUGUCACUAUUCACCGCUACAAUGAAAAGUUCUACUGAUGACCCCAAAACACACAUACACGCACAUGCGCGCGCGCGCACACACACACACACACACACACACACACACACACACACAAACACACCGUGCUGCAGGGAUGAGAUAAGCUGAGCCGAUGGUAGCACCUGCAUGUCCCCACAACCUCUCCAACCACAGGCUGGGGGUUCAGGCAGUCCUGCUAGUCAAACCCAUUACUGCACAGGGUCCAGCCCCUUACAUGCGUUCAUACAGCAUCCUCGUGGAUGCAGCUUAUAGCUCACUGAUGAAAUCACUGCAUGCAAAAAACAUCCUCCGAGAGGGAUGCGUUUACCAGUGAGGUUAGCAUCUCUGUAUGCCUCUGCAUUCACUUAGUCUGGUAGGCCUCCUAGUUUUCUAAGCCUUGUGACCCUGAACGCCUCCCUUGCCUUUCAGGCAAAUGCCUCGUUUUGUUUCUGUUUGCCAUUUUUAUUAUUGUUGUUGUUGUUGUUAUUACUACUACUACUACAUUAUUAUCUUUGUUUUGUCAUUUAUUGCUAUUUUAUUACAGUGUAUGGUGAUCAUGUGGUUAAUUGGGAACGGUGGAUGAUUGGGGGUAAAUGGUGGAUGAGCGGGGCGGAGAGAGCCAGAGCUUUUGAUAGUGAUAUCGGACCCCUGCAAUCUGUUUGUGUGCGUGUGUGUGUGUUUGUGUUGGCAGAGAGGGUAAGACAUGUACUAACACGCAUGCAUCGACUUGCAAGGAAUGCCAUUUGCAGAGGUCUGUGGUUGAGUUUUAUUAGUGUGUGUUUUCACUACUCUUGUGUUCAUACAUGUUUAGCAAAAGUGAUUGGUGAUCAGUAGCAUUAAGUACCAUGUGUGGAUUCCUUGACAUGUACUCAACACUGUGCUCAUUGAGUUAACAGAAAGCCAUUUACAGGAUAGCAAACCCAGUUCUGUAGAGUGGAUGUGAAUAGGACCCCAUGGAUUUUCAUGUGUCAUAUUCUGUGGAGGUCACUCAGAAUACCUCACAGCUGAGAGUAACUGUCAUUUGAGCCUAUUAACAAUCUAUUGAACAUAUUUGCCCAAAUUUAACAAAUAAAUAAUAAUAAUUAGUAGCAGUAUUUUUAUUUAUUCAUAGUGAGCAGACAGGCUCCAUAUUCCUGUGAGUUAACAUGCUGGUCAGAUCAAAUUGUAAUGUUAGGACCACAUCUAUGAGCGUGUUGGUAUUGUUUGUUUUUAUUUGUUGUUUUUUAAGUUAUUUAUGUUUGGUGAAGGUUUGUGAACCUCAACAAGGCACUUUUUAGCCCUUUUUUAAAAAUGCUUUUUCCCUUCCUUACACACAUGCUCUAUUGUAAAUAUGGCCUGGGGCUUUCUUCCUUCACUGUAUCAGAAUGAGCCCACGCCAGACUUGCGGCUGAGUCGAGGGCCUGUCGGACCUGUCUGGCAGCGCAGACCGCUGCCCUCACUUCACACACUCCCCUUCAACCCGUUUAUGGCGUGUGUAGUGCAGGACACAGAAAAAGGAUGUAGCAGAGAGAGAGAGAGAGAGAGAGUGAGUGAGUGAGAGUGCACCUGCCUGCCUCAUUAAACAUAUGGGAUGAUGUACUCACCCCUAAAGUUUUCUCUGUCCCCACUCCGUCACCCAAGGUGAGCAGGGGACAGUCUAAUAAAAUAUAACAGUAUUUGAAUCAGAUGGUUAAAACCUGCUGUUCCAAAGGAACUGAGAUGCCUUAUGUGCAGAGAUCAGACACUAAUGUGACCUUCACUAUUCCACUUCUGUAGUGAUUCAGACUUUGUUUUGUUUUUCUUAGUGUCAUGGUGUUUUGGUGUGUGGCAUUUCGAGUGUGUCUUUCAGUGUGUUUUUUUUUAAAGAAGUUAGCUUAUGAUAAUGAUUAUUGUAAUGACGACAGACUGGUUUCACAGCUAGAGCUAUGCAAGUAAUAGCCCUUGGGAUGCAGAAUCUACUGUGCAUGUGAGGAAUUGCGUAAGUUGUACCUCACAGUCAUUGUUUCGUUUCAGAAUUGCAGACUUGUCAAGACAGGAAAACUGCCUCUCACUUGUCCUCACAAUGGCCUUUGUGGCAAAUGGAACAUAGCGAAACCUUUAUGCCACGCAAGUGCACCAUAGAACCAUCCUGUGCACUUGAACAGAAGCCAGACACCUGCCUUCUGUUAUUUCCAGUGCGAUAUGGUAAAUGAGAGAGAGACAGCAGUUUUGUUUAUUCCUCUUUGUAUACAUGUUUUCCCCGACUGAUUGAAAUGUAUGAAAGCUCUGUAUAACCUAUAUGUACUGAACUUGAUGUUGCCUUAAUAAAGCCGUUUUUUAUAUGGCUUUGUAA